CAGCUGGUACGAGAUUAUUGGUCAUGCGUCGAUAAAACUUCCUACUUUCUUUUCACUUUCGCCUGGUACGUAGAGUGAACGGGUAUUACAAUGUUUCCUCUCCAAUGUUUUACAAAUAAUAUAAGUAAGAUUUUAGUGCACAAUGAACCUCUGUUGACUUAUUGCGUAAAAAAAACACUAGUAACCAAAUAUGCAACAAUUCAACAAAAAGGUUUUGCAACAACAAACUCCACGAUGAGCACUUUGCUCUCUACUCCUCUCAAGGAGUCAGAUCCGGAGCUUUACGAGCUGAUCAAAUCAGAGAGAAAACGGCAACGGCAGGGGUUAGAGAUGAUAGCUUCAGAGAAUUUUACAUCUGUGUCAGUCCUACAAGUACUUGGAUCCUGUCUGACUAACAAAUACUCUGAAGGUCUUCCUGGUCAACGGUAUUAUGGCGGUAACAAAUACAUCGACAAGAUAGAACUGCUUUGUCAGAAGAGGGCACUAGAAGCGUUUAGGCUGAAACCAGAGGAAUGGGGAGCUAAUGUCCAGCCAUACUCUGGGUCCCCAGCAAACAUGGCUGUUUACACGGCUCUGCUGCAACCUCACGAUAGGAUCAUGGGCCUGGAUCUACCUGAUGGUGGUCAUCUGACUCACGGGUUUAUGACGGCCAAGAAGAAAAUCUCUGCUACGUCAAUCUUCUUCGAGUCAAUGCCCUACAAAGUAGAUCCAACUACUGGGCUGAUAGACUACGACAAGUUAGCUGAGAAUGCUAGACUCUUCAAACCCAAAGUCAUCAUUGCCGGUAUUAGCUGUUACUCUCGGUGUUUGGAUUACAAGCGUUUCCGUGAAAUAGCCGAUGAGAACGGUGCCUAUCUGUUCUCAGACAUGGCACAUGUGUCAGGUUUGGUUGCAGCAGGUGUCAUCCCCUCCCCCUUUGACUACAGUGAUGUUGUCAGCACCACGACUCACAAAACUCUCCGUGGACCAAGGUCUGGCAUAAUCUUCUUUAGAAAAGGUGUGAGGUCAGUCGGUAAGAACGGAGAGAAGGUGAUGUAUGACCUAGAGAGCCGAGUGAAUGAAGCCGUGUUCCCCUCAUUGCAGGGAGGGCCUCACAAUCACCAGAUUGCUGCCACUGCGGCUGCCCUCCUACAGGCUCAGACCCCGGAGUUCAGGGAAUAUCAGGAGCAGGUGAUAAAGAAUGCCAAAGCAUUGUGUGCAGGACUCCAGGGGAAAGGGUACAAAAUCUCAACAGAUGGAACCGACGUUCAUCUCAUCCUAGUGGAUGUUCGUUCAGCAAAACUGACCGGUGCAAAGGCAGAAUUUGUUCUUGAAGUGAUUGACAUUGCAUGCAAUAAGAACACAGUACCUGGUGAUAAGAGUGCCAUGAAUCCGAGUGGGAUAAGAUUGGGUACCCCUGCGUUAACCACUCGUGGCUUGAAGGAGUCUGAUAUGGAGCGAGUUGUGGAUUUCAUUGAUAGAGGUCUAAAACUGGGUCAGGAAGCUCAACUUGUAUCAGGACCCAAACUUGUUGACUACAAGAAAGUUCUCUUGGAAGACAAAACCAUUGUGCCCAAAGUCGAAGCAUUGAGAAAAGAAGUUGAAGAUUUCUCUGAGCAAUUCCCAAUACCUUCAUUCCAGGAAAUUUAAAAA